AUAUUCCAUGCAGCUCGACUGAGAUCUCAGAGUCCAGUACCAAGCAUCCCUGCGAGGAAAGCCACUGUGAGACCUACUGCGAGCUGACUGGAGUCGAGGUGCCCCGCUAUUAUUCAUUUUAGACAAAUCUAAAAACAUUUCCAUACAAAAGACAUGGGGGAAAAUAAACAUAUUACCUCAAAAACACAACAAUGAUCACUGGAUUUAAUACGUUAAUUCGCGGAUCUUUUGCGAGAGGCAUCUGAGAGGACAGGAGCUACACGACAGCUGGUAUUGUAAGAAAAUGGAGGAUUCACCAACAAAACAUCUGCUUGGCUCAAAGAAGCGGGUCAAAAUCCACCCGAACACAGUGACAGUCAAAUACGCCACUCAUUUCCCCCAGCCUGGAGACGAGGGCUAUGAUGACGCUCCAUCUUUUGAAGACUUCGGCUCAUUUGUCGAAGAGACCUCAGAUAGAAAGAGUCUUACCGACAGCAAAUCGGGCAGGACUUUUUUUGGUGCGCUUGACAGUCGGUCCAAACCAACUGGGGACCAAAAAGACAAAGGGGUCGGAGGUCAGCUGCAGAGCUUCGGGGAGGCCUCCGUGUUCACCUCACGUAUGACGUGGGCCGCUUUGUUCGGGGCGGCUCUGGCCCACGGCUGUGUGGCUCUCAUCACACGCCUGGCUGCCGACUGCUCUAGGGUGCCGUCGCUGGAGCUUCUCUUCAUCCGCUCGGUCAUCCAGGUGUUGUCCAUUGCAGUGGUGUUUUAUAACCAGGAGCCUCCCUUCGGCCCCCAAGGCUACAGACUGCGUCUUUUCUUCUAUGGCGUGUGCAAUGUCAUCUCCAUCACGUGUGCGUAUACCUCCUUUGCCAUCGUGCCACCCAGCAACGGCACCAUCAUGUGGAGGGCCACCACAACGGUCUUCAGCGCCAUACUGGCAUUUUUACUCAUCGAUGAGCGACUGGGCAUGACAGAUGUGGUGACGGUUGUCAGUAGCGUCUUCGGCCUCUGCUUGGUCAUGAUUCCCAACAUCUUAGGUGAGCACAGAUCUCUGGGUUUCUGGAAGGAGGCUUUUGGCUACACCAUGACGGUGAUGGCGGGCUUAAUGGCGGCCUUGUCCAUGAUCAUAUACCGCGCUAUCAAAGAAAAAGUGAGCAUGUGGACAGCACUUUUCACCUUUGGCUGGACCGGAACGGUGUGGGGAGUGUCAACUAUGUUCAUCCUGCAGGAGCCCAUCAUUCCACUGGACGGAGAGACGUGGGGCUAUCUAAUUGGCAUCUGCGUCUGCUCCACCGUGGCGUUCCUGGGGGUAUAUUACGCCCUCAACAAGUUCCAUCCAGCACUGGUUAGCACCGUGCAGCAUAUGGAAAUUGUUGUGGCAAUGCUUCUGCAGCUGAUUGUGCUCCACAUGGUUCCUUCAGUGUAUGACAUCAUUGGGGGCGUCGUCAUCAUCAUCAGUGUUGUCGUGCUGACGGCUGUAAAGCUUUACUGGGUGGGCAAGAGCAAAAGACAGGAGUAUGAAGAGAUCCUUGAUUCUCCGAUAAAGUGAAUCAAUUACAAAGUUAUUGUUUUAUAAAUAUUUUUGUGGAGUUUGAUUUUUCAGGCCUUGAAUUAAUGCCACCUGUGAUUGAGGUUAUUGUGAAUCAAUGUGAAGUUUUUGUCUAUUGAUGAAGUGCCAUUGUGAAGUUGUCUUUGACUGCUGUAUUAUGUGAAGCUCAAAGAGGUUAUUGAUUUUUAUUGCCCAUUAUUAAGUAUUUAUCAUGUCAAACAUGUUUGGUUAUGUGCAUCCAAAUAAAUGUCUGCGCAGAGGAGCUGCAACGAGAACAUGGGAUACUUUCAUAAAUAUGCAAUAUUUUCCAUAUUGACUUGGUCAAGAGUGCCCCCUGUUGGUGUUUAGUGGUUAUAUGACCCUGAGAAGUGGAGAAACACUUUUUGGCACAGCCUAGUGAAUCAAAUCUGUUUUGGCAACAGUGAUUCAGGCUGGUGUCUGCCAGAGCUUUUCUGUUGGCAUAUGAUGUCACCAUUUCCAGUUUGAUGAGGAAUACUGAAAGACCGUUGGUGUCAUGCACUUAUUCACUCUAAAGUUCUACUCAGAACUGAAAAGUUUUAACCAAUGUACUUUAAUACAGUUUUUCCCAAUUGUUUACACCCAUUUACUGGAUCUUUGGCCCAUUUCCCCAAAACCACAAAAUGCAAAACUAUACAAAUCUCUAGCAAAAGCAAACACUGCAUUCAACACUGUUUUAUCGCUUUCCAAAAUGUUUUUUUGCACUAAAAUGACACACACACACACACACACACACACACAUAUGUAGUUUACGGGGACUCUCCAUAGGCAUAAUGGUUUUUAUAUUGUACAAACUGUAUAUUCCCUAAACCUACAGAAAACUUGAAACGUAUGUUUUUAAGCCAUUUGGUUUACGAGGACAGAAAGUGAUACUAAUGUCAUUAUACACAUUUGUGUCCUCAUAAACCAUAUAUACAAGAACACACACACACACACACACGUCAUAUAAAGAGAUCUAUCUACCAGUCAACAUCACACUGAUGUGCUCAACAGAAAACACUACUAUGAAAUCCCAUCAGUUUGCAUUGUUAGCGUUACCCUGAAGCUGGUUGUAAAAGAUAGUUACAGUACUGUAUACCUACUCAAAUAUAUAUAAAAACACACAAAUGCAAUACAGUAACAAAAACUUUAACAGUAUUUCUAAAAUAUUUCCAAAGUAUUUUUGAACAGUUGUGUUUUGAAUGAAAAAGUAAAACAUUGAGUAAGAUAAAGGGUUUUCUGUACAAAAAUUAAAAAUGAAAGUGGCUCUUUUUUUAAAAAGUCUAAACACACACACUAAAGAAAUUAGGCUGCAUCCCGCCUCCCAUUUUGGUCUGGUCAAAGCACCUCAUCUUCAAGCAAUGUUCUCCCUGGCUAAACAGUAGGGGGAGAAAAUUCUGGACUGAUGGAUCCAGACGCCAAAAGCCUGCGCAACAACCUCACCACAUGCAUUCUCCAGUGUCUCGAGAAGAGGCAUACAUGCAAGGGAAUGGCAGUCAGACACUUUCCAUGCCACUAUCAUGCCAGAAAAAAACCCUCUAGGUUUAGGAAUGAGGAAUAUGUUAGGAGGAAUAGAACUGUGGUUGGUUAAAAAGCAGAUCAAUCUGGUGGAAAUUCAGGUUGUCCCAGAUCACAACAUACCUGGGCUGCUCUGGUCCACCCAUCUGCUUGCUGGAAUGAGCCCACCUCUGAACUUAUCUGAGACAACUGUCUUUCCUCAUUCUCCUCUACUCUCACUCCUUCGCCUCUAGCUGCUCCUUCCAAUAACCUCCAAAAUAGUAAAGAUCAUUUGUGUCUAGUGCCAAAGCUCUGAUUUCUAAGGUGAACAAUUCAGCAACUGCUGUUACACCAGUGAGGAAUGGGUGUGGCCAAUUGGUGUAAAGAGCUUGGCAUUGUGACUGGUGUUGCUUUCCAAAGGAACUAAAGAGAAUUUGAAUGUUGUGCCAAAUGUAGAGAACUGUGUGUUGUGUUUUGCAAACAGGGUGAUAUAGAAUUGAAAACUGAAGGUAAAGCAGGGACUUUGCCUGCAAUUUUGCAGACUUGGUUUAGGGAUUUGGUGAGUUUCAGGUUUUUGUGUGUAAACAAUUGGGAAUAACUGUUAUAUGUUCUGGCAAGGAGUUAGCAUUCUCAUAUUUGAGGUUAAAGCCAAAAAGCAUAGUCUGUGUAUCAGAUCCCAAUUAUGUAUGAAACAUCACAAAGGCAGUGUGUCUGAGUUGAAAACAUACAUUUUAUAGGGAUGAAAAAGCCAGUGCAUGAUCCGUGCAAACAUAGGAUUGUUCAUAUAAUAUUCAUGUCUUUUACAACAUUUAUUUUUUCCAGAAAGAAAAAUUAAGUAAUGUCACUUAAAUCUGAGAAUGUCCCCAUUGUGUCUUUAAAAAUAAGUGCAGUGUACUGUUUCAAACUGAAAUAUUUUCAACAAUUUGUUUUCUCUUUAUUAAAAGCAUGUAUUGAUU